AGCGGCGGCGGCGGGUCACAGCUCCGGCCGCUUCCCCCCCCAACCCCUUCCCCCUUCCCCCCGUACGGUCGCCCUCAUGGCCACCAAAAUCGACAAGGAGGCGUGCAGGGAGGCGUACAACCUCGUCAGGGACGAUGCCACCGAGGUGAACUGGGUCACUUUUAAAUACAAUGGCUCUACGAUCGUCCCCGGAGACCAAGGGGUAGACUAUGAAACCUUUAAAAGGAAGUGCACAGAUGAUGUUCGGUUGUUCGGCUUUGUCCGAUUCACCACCGGCGAUGCCAUGAGCAAGCGUGUCAAGUUUGCCCUCAUCACCUGGAUUGGAGAGGAUGUCAGUGGCCUGCAGAGAGCCAAGACUGGGACCGACAAGACUCUGGUCAAAGAAGUAGUACAGAACUUUGCCAAAGAAUUUGUGAUCAGUGACCACAAAGAACUGGAUGAAGAUUACAUCAAGAACGAGCUGAAGAAAGCAGGGGGGGCUAAUUAUGACGCACAGACUGAGUAAAAGCACGGACCUCCUGACACCCAUUACCUGGAUCUCAAAGGGAGGGGAAAGGCACAACAAACUAACACACCUGAGAGAUGAGGCAACUGAAAUCCCCAGCUUUGUGUGUGCUCCUAAGAACUCUCUUUCUUUGCAUACAUUGGACUUGAAUUUUCCAUUCCAUCUCAUGAAACAUCCCUCUCUGUGGGUCUGUUUUUCUUUUUUCCUACUCAUAACUCUGCCCAUUUGGGUUUGGCUCUGCCUUGGUCCUAUUUAGCAUUGUCUUUGUAGAGGCUUGCCAUGGUGUCCUUCUUCAUAUGUGUGCAUGUCUCUGUGUUUUAGUUGGGCUCAACCUGGUCUUGUGAGGGAAGAAAGUUUUGGGGCAGUUCUGAACCUUCAUUAUUCACAUGUUAAGAAAAAUCUGCUCUGAUUGAUAUUCUUAGGAAUCAUGUUUCUUGCUGUUCUAGGCUCAGAUUGACUUCACUUGAUUUCAGUUUGAUUCAAUUGUCUAAGCCUAAAUGUUGAGCUGAGGUGUCAUCUAACAGCUUCAACAACAAAGUAAACAAAAACCUCUUCCACUCUUAAUAAAUGGGAACAAAUUUGCCUUAAACAUUGCUUGACAGUUGCUACGUGCUGCAUCUCCAUCCCUCUUCAAUAUAAGAUCCAGCAUGAUCUGAAUGUGGGGGUUUUGUUGGGUUUUUUGGAGCUAUCACAGCACAGUAAACUGAGGGGCUUAGAAAUGUCUGGACACUUGUUCACUAUUUUGUGUACAUUGGUCUCUGGGUUUGUACUUGACUUUCCUAACGCUGGGGCUCAGGAGGUGAAAUUGAAAUGCAUAGAUUUCCUUUUUAAAUGAUGUCUGCAAAACUAGCAGCCGCUGAAUCCUAGCAGCCUUCUCUGCCCAUGCCUCCCCUGGGGGUUUUUUUUGCAGUUAAAAACAACAUUUUCAGUUAUUUGGGGUCUUCAGGCACUGAACCAUCCUGCAGCUGUGACUGAGGGAUGGAGCAGGGCAGCUCUGUCCCGCCCACGGUGAAACAGUCAACAGCCAAGGCCCAGAGAUAACCUGGGCACAGUUUGUUUGGCACCAAACUGUUUGUUUGGGGGGCUUCUUUGUAUGGCUUAUUUCUUUUUUGUACAUCAAAGGUAAUUGUCCCCAGGAUUAUGUGUAGGGGGGGAAACUGUGUUGUACUGGGGCUCGGGAGUCAGCGCUAUAAACCCAUUACAGAAAUAAAUGUUUUUCAAGAACAA